AUGGACCUGCAUCCUUCUCGAUCAUCGUUAGCAACAUCGACAGUUCUCUUCGACCAGGCGAUUCUGACCCUCAUCAACAUCACUGACAGGUCGACGAUCAUAGGACUAUCUGGCCUACUUGGUGCGACUAGUUUCGACCAUUUGCAUGGGCUCGACAUGCCUUCCGCAGACGGGAUGAUCGUCGAAUCAUGCACCAUCCCUGGAGGUGCCCCGAAUCUUUUUAUAAAAGGCUACAAGGCUCAAGACGACACUCUCAAGAUAAUGCGGAGCCCCUUUUAUCUACAGACCCGCUUAGGGCUGCGGAACCUCUGGUUCUCCUGGAUCCGUCGGCUCUCCGUUCUUUAUUCUGCGAAGCUGAAAUGCCAGUUCACUACUCGUACAGCAAGGCUGCCCAUCUUUCAUCCGGAAACUGGCGGAACCACGUCUCCAAAUCCACUUACGGCGGCGCCCCAUGCGCGGAUCUCCAUGCACCUAAAGAAGACCGAAGAACCAGCAAACUCUGCGGAGCAGCCGGCGUCGAGGACUUUGACACGGCUCUCAAAAAAUUCCAGCCCAGGACGGCAUACCGCCUCUAGGACGUGUAUCGUAUCAGAGCAUGACAUCGUACAGAUGCUUUCACCCACGACACAUAAGCCUGAAUGCACAAAUAUUGUCUUGGUCGAUUAA